UGCGUGCGUAGAAUAGGGCUCUGACCUGUAGUCAUACCGCGAGCUGAGUGGAGCCCUAAACGCACCUCCAGAAAAGGACAUGGCGUCGGUGUAUCUCUUGCGAAGUUCAUUAUUCUCCUGUGCAAAAGUCGUUGGUCGAUCGGUGCGUCGCGUGGCCAGCCAGAGCUUCGAGAGGGUUGUUUACCUUACUUUCUUAUUUACUACACCACAACCACAUUUAAUUAAUGCGAAUUGAGCAUCGUAAUGACGUCCUCUACUGCUGCGGAUGCUAUCCUGAGCAUUUUGAAUCAAUCCGAUACCUCUGAGGUUGCCGCCGACGCGACAAACGAAGUUUCGACUCCCAACAACGAUUCACCAUUAUCAUCGCCACCACGCUCUACCUAUGCAACACCACGCUCUACCCGCAGUUCAAAGCGCGUACACUGGGAAGAUACUAUCAAUGAUCAAUCCACCAAAAAUCUACGUCGUUCUACGCGUGGUGUACCUCCCAAAAGGCUGGUAGAGUCGCAAUCAGACGCGCAGCCGACUAGAGCGCAGGCCUCGCGAAAACGCAAGACGCCUGUUCAACAACCACAACUAAGUCCAAUACUUCCUAAAAGAAGUAGGAAGGCCCUUUCAGAUGUACCGAAUACAUUAGGAAAAAAGAAGGGAUCAAAACCGACCAGAAGUACGGUCUUACAGCCACCUACGCGAGCGAAGCCUCCUACGAAGCCGUCCUCUUCGAAAUCCACCUUCCACCCCUCUACCCCUACACGACCAACAACCACACCUCCAAUUAGUACCAAAUCGCAGGAUAAGCGACAUAGAAGUAAAGAGAAGAGGCCCUCGAUGCGACCUGUACAAAAAUCGGUGGUUGAGAGGGCUACACCUACUCCUCCACCUCCAAUUCGGUACAAGCUCCAUUUCCAGACUAAGUGGUGCCACCGGACCUUGUCAAAUGACGAUACACUGGUACGCGACACUUAUAUGGGGUAGACGGAAGUGAUCUAGUGCAUGGAUGAGCCGGUUAUACGUUACUGUACGUCUCAUAUGAUAGACGAUUAUAUGCCUUAUAGCAUUCGCGCGAUUGUUAUAUCAACCCCCUCUCGCGGAGCGAAGGAAACCAGCUCAGUCACCCUUCUACGAGUUGAUCCUCUACGCUGGCAACAAGUUAUGGACCUUGUAUCCCUUAACUUCUCUGUUAACAUGAAGGAUAUCUACGUCACUGUUGAGUCUGUAUGGACUGUCA